ACCUGAGUCUGCUGCACUGGCAGAAGGUUCUUUAGCACUGAACCACCUGGGAAGCCCUUUUAGGUAACAGAAUAACUAAAACCAUGUACUUUCUUGAGAAUCACCCAUUGCUCUUUUAUAGGACCCAUACUUUUAAAGGUCCAAAGAUUUUAAGUAGUAAAAAUAUUAUGUCACAUUUCUUGACAGAACAUACAUCUUUGGUGAAGAAGUAUCUUUUCUAUCCUGGUAGUAAGGGAUUUUGAGUGUUUCUAUGAGUUUUCACCCAGCAAAUAUGUGUGUUCAGAUGGGGCACAAAGUGAUGUGAGCAGGUCUUGACAGUUCAGGGCAGGGCUGGGAAUUGCAGAACCAGAAUCUGACACUUUCUAAGCUGCUUGGUGUCAGCAGCCACUUAAAUUCAGGAAGUUGAGAACCAAAUCAAUGAGUCUUUUCCAAUAAUAGUUUAACAUCUCAAUGUGAAUAAAUCUUUGGUUGAUAUUUUUAUAAGAAAAUCCUUUGUACUUUCCCCUCAGCCUCACAACAUGCUCAAUAAAGGGUCUGUGGCACCAGUGAAAGGGAUGAGCAGACAACUCCAUGGGAACGUUCCAGAAACAUGUGUUCCUCACUCCCACCAGCUGUUGCCAACUUCGUGGCCUGACACAAUACUCCAGAUUCAGAGUAUUCAGUUAACCCUUUCUUAGAUCAGGUUCCAAUCUAGUCCCCACGGAUGGUACAGAGAGCACUCAGCAAGUAAUCUUCAGUCAGGCUCCAUAUCCUUCUUCAUUUGUCAUGAGAUGGUUGUCUAGCUCUGGCUGGAAUUGUGGUGUCUCAACUCUUAUUACAAACACGCAGAAGCCCACAGGAAUCGCCGAUGUGUAUAGUAAGUUCCGCCCAGUGAAAAGAGUGUCCCCCUUGAAACACCAGCCAGAGACUCUGGAGAACAAUGAAAGUGAUGAUCAAAAGAACCAAAAGGCAGAGUACCAGAAAGGGGGUGAUUCUGACCCAGGCCCCCAGCCCGAGGAGCUCGGCCCCAGAGCUGGCGAGGGCAGCCCCCAGAGGAAGAGCACGGAACCCAGCACCCUGCUGGGGGAGCUGGAACAUUAUGACCUCGACAUGGAUGAGAUUCUCGACGUGCCUUACAUCAAAUCCAGUCAGCAGCUGGCCUCUUUCACCAAGGCGACUUCGGAAAAAAGAAUUUUGGGUUUAUGCACAAGCAUUAAUGGCCUUUCCGGCAAAGCCUGCCCUACAGGAAGUGCCGAGAGCUCCCCGUCUAACAUGACACCAUUUUGUGUUCUUUCUCCUGUGAAAAGCCCUCACUUGAGAAAAGCAUCCUCUGUUGUCCAGGACCAACAGAAGCUCUCCCCUGAGGAAUCAGAGAGUUCUCCUCCUCUCGUUAAAUGUGGCUCUGCUUAUGAGCCUGAAGACCAGGGUAAGGACUUCCUACACCAGACCUUCAGUGAUCCUCACAGUCGGAAAGUUGACAAGGCAAUGGCACCAGAUUGCCAGCUCAGGGCCUUCCAUCUGCCGUCCUCAGCAACAGACCCCAAACUUGAGGAGCAGAUUGGCGGCAUGAACUGGACCAGCUCCCAGGGACCCGAAGAAAGGAACGAGUACCUGAAAAAAGUGAAAAGCAUCUUGAACAUUGUUAAAGAAGGGCAAAUAUCUCUCCUGCCACACCUAGCUGCCGACAAUCUAGACAAAAUUCAUGACGAAGGUGGAAACAAUCUCUUACACGUUGCCGCAUCACAGGGACACGCAGAGUGUCUGCAGCACCUCACUUCUUUGAUGGGAGAAGACUGCCUCAAUGAGCGAAAUGUGGAGAAGUUGACUCCAGCAGGCCUGGCCAUCAAGAAUGGUCAGUUGGAGUGUGUACGCUGGAUGGUGAGUGAAACAGAAGCCAUUGCUGAAUUGAGUUGUUCUAAGGAUUUUCCAAGCCUUAUUCAUUACGCAGGUUGUUUUGGUCAGGAGAAGAUUCUGCUGUGGCUUCUUCAGUUCAUGCAAGAGCAGGGCAUCUCGCUGGAUGAAGUGGACCAAGAUGGUAACAGUGCUGUUCAUGUGGCCUCACAGCAUGGCUACCUCGGGUGCAUACAGACCCUGGUUGAGUACGGAGCAAAUGUCACGAUGCAGAACCACGCGGGGGAGAAGCCCUCCCAGAGCGCCGAGCGCCACGGACACAGCCUGUGCUCCCGGUACCUGGUGGUGGUGGAGACCUGCAUGUCGCUCGCCUCCCAGGUGGUGAAGCUCACCAAGCAGCUGAAGGAACAGACAAUGCAACGUGUCACACUGCAGAACCAGCUCCAACAACUUCUAGAAGCCCAGAAAUCAGAGGGCAAGUCACUCCUUUCUUCACCCAGUUCACCAUCCUCCCCAGCUUGCAGAAAGCCCCAGUGGAAGUCCCCAGACGCAGAGGAUGAGUCUGUAGCCAAAAGCAAACCUGGACUCCAGGAGGGGAUUCAGGUUCUUGGAAGCCUGUCAGCAUCCAGCCGGGCUAGGGCCAAAGUGAAAGACGAAGAUUCUGAUAAAAUCCUACGUCAGUUAUUAGGAAAAGAUAUUUCAGAGAAUGUCUGCACCCAGGAAAAGCUGUCGUUGGAAUUCCAGGAUGCUCAGACUUCCUCGAGACAUUCCAAAAAGAUCCCGCUGGAGAAGAGGGAACUGAAGUUAGCGCGGCUGAAGCAGCUGAUGCAGCGGUCCCUGAGCGAGUCUGACACGGACUGCAACAACUCUGAGGACCCCAAGGGCACCCCUGUGAGGAAGGUUGACAGGCCCAGACCGCAGCCCAUUGUGGAGAGCGUGGAGGGCGUGGACAGCGCAGAGAGCCUCCACUUGAUGAUCAAGAAACACACCUUGGCAUCAGGACGCAGGUUUCCUUUUAGUAUCAAGGCCUCCAAAUCCCUGGAGGGCCACAGCCCGUCCCCCACCUCUGAGAGCAGCGAGCCGGACUUGGAACCCCAGUGUCCGGGCUCAGGAAACAGCCCCCCGAGCCACCCCUCUGGAGAAGCCCCUCAACCCAGCCCUGACAGCACCGCGGCCCAGAAGGUGGCCACGAGUCCCAAGAGUGCCCUCAAGUCCCCGUCGUCCAAGCGCCGGACAUCUCAGAACUCAAAGCUCAGAGUGACCUUUGAGGAGCCGGUGGUGCAGAUGGAGCAGACUAGCCUGGAACUCAAUGGAGAAAAGGAGCGAGAGAAGGGCAGGGCGCUCCAGCGGCCGUCCGCGGGGAGCGAAUCAGGGGAUCAGCUCAAAAGGCCUUUUGGAACCUUCCGGUCCAUCAUGGAGACGCUCAGUGGCAACCAGAACAAUAAUAAUAACUAUCAGGCAUCCAACCAGCUGAAGACCUCCACCCUCCCCUUAACCUCCCUUGGGAGGAAGGGGACGGACGGUAAGGGAAACACCGGGAGCUCUGGUAGCAAAGGAAAAAAUAAGGCGGAGAUGUACGGCAGCUGCAUCAAUCUUUCCUCUAACACGCUGAUUGAAGAGCAUCUGCGUGACUAUGCACGGCAUGAUGACAUCAGUAGAAAAAUGAAGAAAUCCUACAGUAUAAAGCAUGUUGCUGAGCCAGAAUCAAAAGAACUCUUCUUAUAAAUCACUUUUUUAUUAUCUCUCAUUGCUGCCCUUUGGACACCAUUGGAAAUUUCUGGACUGUCCUCUGUGGAAAUAGAAUCAUGAGAACAAUGCCUCACCAGCAGAAGACCAGACGAUUAGGAUGCCUUAAAUUUAUAGCACUAGCGUAUAUAAGACACAUUUUGGGGUGAUAUUUGUAUAUAUAACUUGUUUUUAAAGAGAUGCAGUUUGAAAGCAUGAUUGGGCAAAUGUAUGUUUUUUAAGAUGGAUUCAGCCUCCCCACAGGACAUCCACCAGCCACUGACACAUUUUGUCUCAUCAGUUGCAUGGGUGUUUGCUGAUGCUGACCGAACCUCCCUUUCCCCAUAAUAUGGGCAAUUUGGGCUCAGCUUCUCCCGGUGACCAGGUCAGUGCUGUUGUUUUCUGUCGAGUGUUUUUUUCUGUCGUUUUUACUUUUUGUAUAAAGGAAAUAAAACAAUGUUAACAACCA